AUGCCAGGCUGUCCUGCAUUCCUCUUCUUCCCGCGCUUCAAAUCCUAUACUCAAGUCAACACAAUGAUGUGGGAUCUACGUGGCAACGACCCUGUCCAAGAUCGCAGACGUUCCCCAAAUCCUAGGUUCCCAAUCCCAUCCCCUGGAAUCCCCCCAGUGAGGGAUCUCCAUCGAUCCCAUGAUCCUUUCCCCAAGCCAUUUGCGCCCCUCGGUCUCCCAAACGCUCCGCGAUCAGCCUCACCAAAUCCACACAUGUAUUCACAUGAGAUUCUUCGUUCGCUUAAUGAUGAAGACUUUCGCGGACGCGCACCUCCACCACCAAUUCCCCAUGCAACCCGACCACCCCCCUCUCCCUAUAUGCCUCAACCACCACCUCACCCUUUAAUGUCUCGUCAUGCACCACGUCCUCCACCCAUGCCUGUUCCGCAAUUCGUUUCAAAGCCAUCCAGGAAUAAUCACAAUCACAAUCACACUCAAGGUCAGUCCCACAGACACGGCAAUCACCAACAUUCCCAUUCGACUUCUGCCAUGCCUCAAACCAUUCGGCGCACCCCCUCCCAGCUUCGUUUCGCGGAACAACCCACUCAGCCUUCAACCCAUUCACUUCACCGCUCAACCAGUUCGCAAAACCUGCAACUUCAGCCUGCACUUCGCCGCGCAUCCAGUUCGCAAAACCUGCAACUUCAGCCUGCACUUCGCCGCGCAACCAGUUCGCAAAACCUGCACCACUCAAAUUCUUCACAACAUCUUCGUCCUCAAACACCUCACGCAGGUCCCUCCGGUCAUGGUCACCGACCGCGCGGAAACUCAGGAAGCAGCGCGCACAGGCCCGUCAUUAUUGCCCAACAUGCCCAACACCAGAUCCAGCCCCAACACCAGAUCCAGCCCCAACACCAGAUCCAGCCCCGUAUGCACAAACACGUCGUGCACCAUAAUGGGCAUCAGCAUUUCCAGUAUUCAAAGUGCACCGGACGGAAGAAAGCGCUCUGCAUCGGAAUCAAUUAUAAAGGCCAACGACGCGAGCUUCGGGGCUGUAUCAACGAUGUGCAUAACGUGAAACGGUUCUUGACUUCUAGUUGGGGCUACAAAGACGGUGAUAUUGUGAUGUUGGUAGACGAAACCGAUAAUCCGAGGCAAAUGCCGACAAGGAAGAAUAUUCUGGAUGCGAUGCGCUGGCUUGUAAAGGAUGCCCAUCCCCAUGAUGCACUAUUUUUUCACUACUCGGGUCACGGGGGGCAAGUUCCAGAUAAGGAUGGGGAUGAAGUGGACGGACUUGAUGAAGUGAUAUACCCUGUCGACUACAAGAAGGCGGGAAUAAUUCUUGAUGACGUCAUGCACCGCAUCAUGGUGAAACCAUUGCCAGAGGGCUGCCGUCUGACCGCUAUCUUUGAUUCUUGUCACUCAGGAACGGCACUAGAUCUGUCAUACAUCUACCAUUCGAAUGGACGCCUCAAGGGGAUUCACACGACUGCUGCGCAUCAAGCGGAGAAGUAUGCAAUUGCUGACGUGAUAUCAUUCGCUGGCUGUAGCGAUAGUCAGACCAGUGCCGAUACGACGCAGGGCGGUAUGGCUGUUGGUGCUAUGAGCUACGCGUUUGUUACGUCUCUGACACAAAAGCCGGUACAAAGUUACCAAGAGCUACUCAAGAGCGUUAGGGACAUUCUGAAGCAGAAUUAUCGACAGAUACCACAAUUGUCGAGCUCGCAUCCUAUUGAAACUAAUUUGCGCUUCAUCAUCUAG